CGCGUUGAUACGUACCAGUGCCAGACGAUGGUGCAGUUUUUGAGCGAUACAUACAUAACGUAUGAUACAUAUGUACCAUUCAUGCAUGGUCAUACGUAUGAACAUACAUACGUACAUACGUACCCGACUAUGAACUAUGAACGCCUUGGCUUUGGCACAGAUUUCUCGCAGACCCUGUUGUUUUCUCGAAAACGAUUGGACGAGCGCGAAGACGCGGUGAUGGCGGAAUUCCUUCCGCCGGGCGGUGGGACAAGUCCACGCCGAAUCAUUUCAUUUCUGCGAUGCCUAAGUUUAAAAAAACCGUGGUGAUUGAUUCGAUUGAACGACGCGGGAGGUUCUUCAUACGGUAUGGUACCGUAUGUAUAAUCGUCUCGUCAACGGAUUGCCAAACCCAACCCAGAGCCAUUUCGACCCUUCUCUGGACACUGCGUUCCAAAGGCCAUCUCCACGGCCAAGCGUGCUCCCGUGGCACAUGCACAAGCACGUGACGGCAUUUCGUCCCGACCUGCCAUCGUUCCAACCCAGGCCUGGACAACCCAGGCCUGGAACGCCGGGGGCUGGAUGUCCUUUUGUGAAGAUCGCGGUGACGAAGGCCACGAAGAUCAACAAAGCUCCGUGGAGGAAGAUGGGAUUCCGUUCCAUCGAAUUCGAGUGCGCCGGAAAGAGUCAAAUAGUCAUGUGUCGCAGCUUCCUUUGAGGGUGAACAGGGCCAAAUAGUGCCUCACCGGUAGGAUCUGCCCCGGAAGCGUGGUACCUUCGUGGAGUCGCGCGCAUGGCAUUGUCCGAAGGAACACAAGCCACGAAGCACGCACGUCGAGCGGAUGCACCGAACCGACGACGGCAUCGAUCCGUUGCAGCGAGCGGCAUGAAAACGACGGAGUAGAUUCGUUCGAGGAAAAACAAAGAUCGAAACAGAAAGUUGCAAACUUUCCGAUUUUCGCUUUCGAAACCAGAUCGGAAAAGCUGUCGCAUCGGCUUCCGUCGCGACCGCUCUGGCGAGGCAGGAUUGCCAGCUCCCGGGAGCCCAUACAACACAAUGCCCUUCCAAGGUCCCCCAACAGCCGAAAAAAUCGAGCCGGCAAACCCAUAGCUUCGUUCAAGGCAUCGCCACACGACGUGCAAGCCGAUCCCCCCGUCCCGUUUUGCACCCCAAACAAUAUCGAAACGACCAAGAAACGAAUGGCUCGUGUUCCAAAUUCUUUCGAGGUGCAAUGGGCCCGAGGGGUGUUCGAUUCCGCAUUCGAGGGAACAUGGCACAUUGGAAAUGAGAAAGGAUGAUCGGAUCGGGUGGCAUGCAGACACUUGAAGCAGAACGCCGGUUGGAACCUAGAGGAUCGUCCCCGACCCUCUAGGUUCACGUAAGACGAACCAAAACGAUAUGGAUUGCCUGAAUUCGCAAAUCCCUGCCUCUCGACGAAAAAGGUGUCUUUGUCUUGGUGGUCGACUGCGAUGGAAAGAUUGGGAACCUUUCUCGUCGAUGGAUGCCAGUACGUUUGUCUGUAGCUUUGACUCGUGGAAAAGAAUCUCCAACGGCUCUUCGAUACAAAUCUACUUUGAGAGGAGUGCAUAAUCUUGAGUAUUUUGGCAACGAUGAAGACGAUCGAUGCGACCGCGAGGAUCGAUUUUUCAACGACCUUCAAGAUCAUGGUGUUGUUUGCAAGAUCGAGUUCGAGGGCGUCGUCGUUUCGGUUGUUCAGCGUCGUCACGAGCACGUUAUCUUGUUUUUGGAUCGUCAAAUCUUGUGCUUCUGUGCUGUUCGGGGCUGGAAUGCAGGGUCUAGAACUCUAAAUUGUUAGGUGAUUAUAUAAUUUGAGA